GGAUGUGACUGCCAGGCCAGGAAGCCACGGAAAAGUCCUGAGUAAAGCACACAAACAAAAGCCAGGUCCUCACCCCGUUUGGUGAUGGGUCCAGAGCUGCCGUGGGGCUUCGGGCCGGGCCGGGGGCCCAGCUGAGCAGAGUUUGCGCCCCAGCACAGGUCAAUGACCUCCAUGACCUCCACCCCCUGCUGGAGCAAAGAGCCGGAACCAGCCUCUGACCCAUCCUGGCGCCCUGACGGACCCGCCACAAGGACAGAGAGGGCGUCCUGCCUAGCCCUGGGGUCCGGUCUGCGCAGCGGAGGAGCCCGCUCAGCCAGGGGUGGCGCCGUGCCCAGCUCGCCCCAGGAGGCCCCGGUCAGACCAUGGCAGGUGCCUGCAGCAGGCCCCCCGACUUCCUCUCCCCUUCUGGGGCCCAGGCCCUGGCGCCGGCCCCGGGCAGCGCGGUCACUCUGAACUGCACGGCCUGGGUGGUCUCUCCGCCCCACUGUCCUCUGCCCUCAAUCCAGUGGCUAAAAGAUGGGCUGCCGCUGGGCAAUGGGAGCCAUUUUGACCUUCGGGAGGACUCCUGGGCGGAGGCCAACUUGUCGCAGGUGCUUGUGUCCAGCGUCCUGGGGGUCAACCUGACCCGUGCUGAGGACUACGGGGCCUUCAGCUGCUCCGUCCGGAACGUCAGCUCCUCCUCCUUCACUCUCUGGAGAGCUGGCCCGGCGGGCCACCUGGCUGCGGUGCUGGCCUCACUGCUGGUCCUGCUGACCCUGCUGCUGGCGGCCCUGCUCUACGUGAGGUGCCGUCUCAACGUGCAGCUCUGGUACCAAGACAACUACGGGGAGGUGGAGAUGAACGAUGGGAAGCUCUACGACGCCUACGUCUCCUACAGCGACAGCCCCGAAGAUCGUAAGUUCGUGAACUUCAUCCUGAAGCCGCAGCUGGAGCGGCGUCGGGGCUACAAGCUCUUCCUGGACGACCGCGACCUCCUGCCUCGGGCAGAGCCCUCCGCCGACCUCCUGGUGAACCUGAGCCGCUGCCGGCGCCUCGUCGUGGUGCUGUCGGACGCCUUCCUGGGGCGGGCCUGGUGCAGCCACAGUUUCCGGGAGGGCCUGUGCCGGCUGCUGGAGCUCACGCGCAGACCCAUCUUCAUCACCUUCGAGGGCCAGCGGCGCGACCCCGUGCACCCUGCGCUGCUCCUGCUGCGCCAGCACCGCCACCUGGUGACCCUGCUGCGCUGGAGGCCCGGCUCCGUGACGCCUUCCUCUGAUUUUUGGAAAGAGCUGCAGUUGGCGCUGCCGCGGAAGGUGCAGUACAGAACAAGGGAGGGAGACCCCCAGACCCGGCUGCAGGAUGACAAGGACCCCAUGCUGAUUGUGCGAGGCCAUGCUUCGCAGGGUCGGACCCUGGACCCAGAGCUGGACCCCGACCCCGAAGGGGACCUGGGUGUCCGAGGGCCUGUCUUUGGGGAGCCGCCAGCUCCACCGCAGGCCAGUGGGGUGCCGCCGGGAGAGGCCCGGGGCAGCGAGGUGGAUGUCUCGGACCUCGGCUCUCGCAACUACAGCGCCCGCACGGACUUCUACUGCCUGGUGUCCGAGGAGGACAUGUAGCCGGCCCCAGCCUCCGGCGGAGCCGCAGGAUGACGUGCGCCCUGCCUGCCUGUGGCCCCGGACCCCCAGGGCCUGUCCUGGGGCCAGAGAAAUAAAGUCUUUUU